AUGUUGAAGAAAGUUGAUCAAGUUCACAUGGCCCACCUUGUAUAUAAGUACAUCGAUCGUGUCGUACACCUUGAGGCACGAGCGUAAACAUUCUGACGAAUCUAGAAGAUUUAUCAUAAUAGGCUUAUCAAUUAGCUGCCCGAUUGAAUGACGAUUAAAUCGGCUAUUUAUUUUGUUUGCAGCUGUACACCGAGGAAUUCAACGAUGACGACGACGACGAUGACGAUGACGACGAUCCAGACGAUCCAGACGAGGCGGAUAUCGACAACGCGGAUUACGACUCGAAUUACGACGACGACGAGGCAUUCUCGUCGCCGUACAAGGCCGAGGCCGAGGCCAAGGAAUCACAGAGGAGUCACAGAAUCGCGCCGCACCACGAAAAGAAAGUCCUAGAAGAGAAAUUGGAUAGCCGUGAGAACAAUACCAAACAGAAGCGGGACAUACUAGACGAUACAGACGACGAUGCGUUGGACGAUACAGACGAUUAUACGUUGGAUCUUCUGUUGAACUGGCAAGCGAAUUUGAAGCGCAAACGGUCGACUGAUAGAGAGAAUCACCACCACAGUUUCAAAAAGUCGUUCGUCAAGAGGCAAGAAUCGUACAGAGGAAGCAGCAGUUUUCGGGAGACGUUGAAGGACAGCAGCGACGAGGAACAAAAUACGUUAGUCGCAAUAUGUAUCUCGUAGUGACACACCAGUGAGGUCACCUAAAUAUCUGUUUCGAAUUGUGACAAUGGGAAAAAUAUUUUUCGUCUAACGUGAAUGAUAUAGAAAGGUCCAAUAACUGGUAAGAAUAUCUCUUUUCCAAGGUCAUGGAUGUUUUUUUCUUUUUGUAUACAACUAUACUAUUACAAUUUAUACAACUUGUUUCAUACAACUAUACAUAUAAAUAUUUUGUGUUUCUAUUUAGCAGUAACUAUUUUGUAUCUCAUACAACUAUACAUAUAACUAUUCUUUAUUUCUAUUUAGCAAUACAUAUAAUUAUUAACAAUAUAUACAUGUAUUUGAUAACACAAGUAACUAUUUUAUACAUACAACUAUACAUCUAACUAUUUUUUAUUUCUAUUUAGCAAUACAUACAACUGUUAACAAUACAUACAUGUAUUUAAUAAUACAUGCAACUAUUUCAAAUAUUGAGUAUUUCUUUGUGAAUUAAUUGACAUGAUUUCAAGCUUCUAGAGAAAAUUAUCAUUGACGAUGUAAUAGUAAACAUGUUUAUUCAUAUUUAUUAUUAGAUUCUCGAUAUUGGCGUCUUGGCAAAGGUCCCUGA